AUGUCUGCAUUUCGCGAAGACGUAGACAGAGCACAGGAUCACAUGUUCAAUGAAGGACAAGCUGGACGCGUUAAUGACGAGAUAAAAAAUGCAGGAUUUGAGGAAGCCGAAGACGAUAGCAAGAACUAUGCUCCGUCAAUAGGCGACGGAGACGACCCAACCGAUGAUGAAAGCAACGACCUUAAUGACCAGUCCAGGGACUGCGAAGACAUCGAGACACCAGACUACGAUCAGGACGGCGAUGAGACUUAUGAAGCUGCAGGGUCACCAAAUAUGGUCGUGGGUGAUGACUAUGCACACUUUGUUCGCAGCAUAGCGCAGCCAGAUAUGGCAAGGGCUUUGGAAGUUGGUAUUGUCCGACCCGAGGACGAGAUCAUGCUUCCUAUGUACACGAAAGAUGCUGCUUUCUUCCAAACACAAUCAGCUAACAUGAAUGAGUGCGACCAGGACCUUCUGGAAGCCAAUCUAUCAUAUAAAGCUUACUCAAUAACAGAAGGGAACGAGAAUAGGAGGAACGCCAUAAUUAACAGCGACGAGGUCUGGGAACAUAUAGCGGGGCCUGAGUGCACUAACGCGGCAGGCUACCAUGGGCACCGGAUCAGCGUGGAAGAGAUGGCCGGUAUCACUACCGCACAAGCCUUGUGUUUUAAGAUCGAAGACGAAGAAGCAAUGGAGGAAUCUGACGAUGAAGCAUGGGAACGCGACAUAAAGUGGUUCUUGAGUGGUCUUGGCGACGUCAUGCCCAGCCGUGACUGCUCAGAUCUGACCGUAUACCCUGCGCGGCGUGGCAGAGAACAAGUUCAUGCCGAGAACUACGUCUUCGAACUCGAUAGUGACAGUAUAAAUACGUAUGCCAUGGCGUUCCAUCCCGCAUGCUUAGAGGUUUUCAAGCGAGCCAGUAUCAACAAGACAGGGACCUGGGACGCGACAGAACUAGGAGAAUGGUGGAAGAUGCAGGGAGAAGAUCAGUCGCUUUGGAAAGAACUCCCGGAAGACGAGGCUCUCGAAAGAGGCCGCGAACAAUGGUGGUUCCAUCAACCUGGUGACGAGUGGCUUGCCGCGAACCCUUGCUUGAUUCCAAAAUUCACGAAGAUCCUGGCAGACUGUCGUGGUCCGAACGCAGUUCGUCGAAGUGACAGCCGUGUACAUCGACCGACUUCUCUGACAGCACUACCACGAGAGCUCCGCCACAACAUCCUCAGCCAUCUAGACACCAUCGACAUCGCUCGCGCCAGCCUAGCCAUCCCAAGCCUGCACGACCUAGCCCAACCAAUCCUCGAGCAACGAUGUCUGGCAGAACGACCCUACCUCUGGGAACUAUGGUGCAAAAUGCCCUACUCAAAAUGGACAGGCACGACUGAAACCGAACUAAAGACAACGCAAGACUCUCUUGACAGACAAGAAGAAGAGAUUAAAAGAGCACUAGAGAUCCUAGAAGAAGAAGGUCAUGAAGAGGCAUAUGUGGCUUGCAAGGAGUUCUGGACAGCUUCGAUGGAGGACAGGUAUAGGGAGACGUGUGGUUCGGCUUGGGGAGAGAAGCCAGCGUUUGUGAUUGAUAGGAAUCUAACUGAUUUUACAAAGUUAGUGAUUGAGCUUGAUAGGGUGAUGAAGCGUGGGGAGUUGAAGGGCCUACGGAAUCGAGAGAGGAUAUGGAGACGUUGUGGUGGGAUACUUGAUAGUAUUGUGGCGACAAGAGGCCAGACGGUCGUGUGA